AUGACUGUUCAUGAAUUGAUAUGUGCUCAAAAAGAAUCAUCUUUUCGCAUUUUCGAAAGAUUUAAAAGUUGGGAAAGAGAAUCUAAAGUAAAUAGCCUGAUUGAUAAUACCACAGUUUGUUGUGAGCUGAUUGAAGCUAAUGCUAGUUUGCAACACGCAUUGUUCAGAAUUUUAAGAUUAUUUGUGAUGCAAGGAAGCAUUUGUACAGAAAGCAACAAUCGAUUUUUUCGAACCUCUGUUGAAUCACCAACGAAUAAAUCUUAUCAUUCGCCAGUACUGUGUACCGAAAAUAACCAAUAUCAAAAUCAGAAAGACUUAUGUGGGCAAACCAAUACAAAUACAACGACAAAAAAUUCUCAUGUUAGGUCAGAUCAAAUGAAAGGCUUGCCAAGUCUGGAAAAUGAGAUUUUGGAACGGUUAAUCCAAAGUCAAAUUCAAUGCGAUAGACUAGCUAAUCAAUUGGAAGCUCAAAGCAUGGAACCUGGUCAGCGUAACAUAGAAAAUAAACCAAUUCACCCUAUUCAAAAAAGACCUAGAUCUACGGUAGAUGAUGAAAGUGUUUUGACUCCUUCUAUAUGUGCCUAUAAUUCAAAUAUACCUGGAAAUGCACCAUGUUUUGCUGAUGAUAAUGCUUAUGCUCAAGAAAGUGAAAAUUCUUUAAUUUCUAAUGAUCGACUGGUGAAAUUUGUGAAUGAUAACAAUGUUAUAAGUCUUCUUCAAAGUUGGCUUGCCCCUUUAGUUGGUCGAUAUAAUGAUUUAUUCACGAAUUUGCGUGUUUCUUGUAUGGAUUAUCUACAAUCAUUGGGUCAGUCAGAUUGUGCGAGAAAUCAACGUUUAAUUUUUCAUUCAGUUCAAGCCAGUUUUACCGUUACCAACCAUGUGAUCCAUCGUCUAUUUACUACUGUGCAAAAAGAAAAUUAUACGUCAAGAAGUAUUGGUGUUUUUCACACAUCACUCAAUACUGAUCAGUUAGAUAAACUUGUAGCUGCUACAUUCAGGCAUCUUUCACGCCAUCCUCCACCAGACUGCGCAUGUCAUAUGCCAAUUACUUCAAUGAGUGGAACAAGUGUUAAACGACCCACUUCCAUAAGACAGCCUGUAACAUCUCAGGAACUGACCGCUUUGGAUAAUUUCGUAAAAGAAGUUUGUUGUCUUGCUUGGCACCUACUGAUUGGAAAGAAAGAUCCACAAUUAAAUAUUGAAUCAAUUGGAAUUCAGUCUACUUGGUAUGCAGAUGUGGAUAAAACUGCCAAACCUGGAGAUCCAUACGAUGAUAAAAGUUAUCGAAGAAGUUAUGAUUCCGAUCCAACUGCUGGUCAAGUUCAUCAUUACAUUUGGCCAUGUUUAAUUUUAUGUAUUAGAAGACCUACUGAAAUUCAACAGCAAUUUCAAUCAGCAAAUAUGAGUAAAACUAAUCGAAAUAAAUUUGUUAAAACAUGUAUUUUGGUGAAAGGAGAAGCUUGUACACGUAAUCCUAUAUAUGCAGCAUCACAAAAAGAUAAAGCUGCUGCUUUAUUAAAUCAUGAAUAUUCAAAUCAGAAUGUGUGUAGAUGUACAUCACCGCAAAAAUAUAACAGAUCAAGAUCAACAUCAGUUCGAAGAGCCUAGUAGAUAUUACUUUUUAUUUCAGAAAGAAAUAUUAUGUUGACAAUUUAUUCAGACAAUUCUGUUUAUUCAGUGAUAAUAGUACAAAUUCGUAGUGGAUUGCAUCAAUAAUCUUUAUAGCUGUGCAAUUGCAAAUCAACAAACUGUUGAAUUUAUAAUUGCUUUUUAACUUCUA